GAUCAGAAUAUCCGACUGUUCAAUCUGUCCGGAUUGCCUCGAUCUCAGGCGAUCUCAAUUGCUUUGAAUCAUCUCACUCUCUGGACUUAUGCCAGCCCUGAACACAACGAGUAUGUCUCUAUUCGGAAUUCCGCUCUGGUCGGCCAUGUAAUGGCACCUGGAGCUAGCAUUUCGUCUCGCCUUGAAACAAAGAGCUGCACCGCAAGCUGCUUGGCCGUCUAUCUACACACGCUUCCAACCAACCAACAGGCCGUACAGUUUUACGAGCGACGCGGCUUUCGUUUGCAUCGAAGGACUUCCAGUUACUACAUUAUUAAUGGCCGCGCGAAGGAUGGUUGCUGUUACGUUAAAUACAUCAACGGAGGCCGCGGUCAAGCCACGCUCCUGUAUCCUUUAAACAAAUAUCAUCACGCUUAUUGCUUUCAUUCGCAUGGUGAUGCUUUAAAUUCUGCUAACUCUUUCAUAUCUCAACAUUUUCGCUUACACUCAAUGUCUCUUUUGGGAAAAGGCUCAAUCUUUAGGCUAAAUUUAAAAAUAGUUGCAUAA